GUCGGACCAGUGGCGUGCGUCGUAAAGCUGCGAAUCUCUCUGUUCACUUGGUGCAAUCAGUUCGUUGUGAUCAGAUCAGAGACACGGGCACUUGAUUCUUCAGUCUUCGAUUGAAAUAAAGAGAUGACGCCUCUACCUUGGUGGGUGUUGCUGGCGUUGCUGUUGGUCGUGGUGGCCUCGUAUCCCGUGGACCACGCAUGCGCCCGCCUCUGUCGCGUACGGAACACCAGCCCCGAGAUCACGGGAGGCUGCGAGCACCAGCAGAAACUCGUCCUUCAGUUCAGCGGAGGCCGGUUCCCGAUUCAGCGCCUCUUCAGGCUCUGCCUGACCCCGUGUCAAGGUUCCUCCACGUCCAAUUCCCUGUCGUUCGACGUCAGUCAAGCUUGUCGCAGCUUCAGGGACUCUUUGAUCGAACGUCACGGCUGUAUCUGUGACGAUCUGCACGAUGUUCGCGCGAGAAACCUCGAGGAAGAAGAUCGGAAAGUCGAGGGGUUCGAGGCGGGUCAGUUGAACGAAGCUGACGAAUGGAAUCUUCCGAAGAAAUUCGCGAAACACCGGCCUGCAUCCUCUUUCGACGAUCUCUAUCAGCUGAUGUUGACGAAGAAACAAGCUUACAAAGACACCAUGGAGAUUACCAAGCUGGAGGAGAAUAUACUGGACAGCGCGGACACCGAAGAUGCGAUUCUUGGGAAAAUGGAAGGAUCGAAUGAAGAAUCUUCCAUCGACUGGGACCUGUGGUGCAUGGCCCAGUGUGACAACGGCAAGGGUGGCAGCGCCUGCAAUUGUGACAUUAUCCCGUGAGAGAAGGAAGAAGACGAGUCUCUUCUCGGACGAAAGGAGGACGAAGAUGCUUGAAGAGGCGGAAGAGGAAGAAGAUGAGGAGUCACCGGCGGGCACGAAUUUACAUAUCUCGUAGGUUAGUCAGGCGCCUAUGGUACCGCUAGAUAAUAUAAGGUUAGUCUUACUGGUAUUAAUCUUCUCUCUGUAAACUCCAAUGUAUAACACGUCCUCUGAUAAGAAAAUUCGCGAUAGAGGUGGGGGCGUAGGAACGAGUAUCGCGAUCGUGUAAAUUCAUUUGUAUACAAUUCUCCACUUGGACGAUAUCUCUCGGUAGAUAAAUAAGCCAACGAAAUUCGCGUUCGUUUUUAAUCCGAAGACGAUGCUUGGUCGCAGCGACGAGUUCGUUCUACCGAUGAUCGAACGAUUAGAAAAUGUCGCGCGAUUGGAAAAUUUCGUGUUGUUCUUUUCUCUCUCGUCGAAUCGAUCCCAGCUAGAGAUUAUAUAGGUGACUUAAUCGCUUUCUUAGGCUUAAGACUUCUCUUCUAGACGCUAGGCCCGGUCUCACGCGCUUAACGAUGCAGCUUAACGUCCAAGGAAAAAGCUUCUAUCAAGCCCCAGGUGGAUUUUCUCGCAGAUAAUACCGAUUGAAUCCUGUUUCACGAUAAGACGACACUUUUCGUUCGGUUAGAAUUUUGUUGAGGGGGGAAUUCGAGUGUUACACAACGCAUCGCGUGAAUUAUUUCGGAUCGAAGAGCGUGUGAACGGGACAACGACGUGCAAUGUGUGUAUUAUGCAAUAAAUAAUAUUUAUACGUGGCCGCGAUGCAACGUGGAACGCGUGCAUCCGCGCGUCGAUUAGCUUAGUUUCGUAAGUAUUUACCCCUCUAUUGUAUAUCGGGAAAUCUUUUACACGAGAAUCGCACGAACGCGAGUACUUAAUUAAGGGAUUACUUAGGUUAAGCAACGAGAAACACGAAAUCCAUGUCUUCCAUUUUAUAGUCUAUUUGCUACUCGAUGUGUGAUUUGAACCUGUUACCAUGGCAUAACGUUGCAUAAUUACGAUUAACGUGUGUGACAGGUGAGGAGAACGCGAUACCAAGCAUGCGAGUACGUUAGGUAGUUUCGUCGUUUAAGCGAUUUACUUUUAUUAAUGCAACCACGAUCGGAGUCGAGGGAAAUCGACGAUUUUCAAGAGGUUCGAAGAGUUCCUUCGAACACGAGACGAAAACGUGCGUUCCUUUAUUUCUAUAGUGUGCCGUUCAAAAAACGUUGUGACGCGACAAUAAGACGUAGAUUCUAGUAUGCCUGUGCGAUGCAACUUUGUCUUUCGCGCAAUUUCGAUUACACAUCCGUCUAACUUGGAGAUACAUUUAGGUAAUAUACCGACUAUGUGUCUGCUAGCUGAUAAAUCAAUUAUUGUAAUGAUUACAGGUGACAGGAUUUUUUUUUCUUUUUUUUUUUUGGUCUCUGAUAUCUGCACAUCGAAACUGUUACUGUACCGAGCUACUGCUAUAACUGAAGAAAUAGGGAGAAAUGCGCGAAAGACUCGACUUGAGCAAUUUAUUA